AUUUUUAAUUUUCCCUGUAAAAGCCCAGCCAUUGCAAAUUUAGCAAUCUGCGCUCUCCCUUGUGAGUCUGACUCUGAAGUCUGACCCUCUCUGCAAAAGAUGGGCCCAUCUUAUUCUUAUUCUUAUUCUUCUUCUCUCGCUAAUCUAAGUUUCAAAAACCAGAAUCGAUCUUUGUUGUUUCCUUUCCUUAUCUCGCCUGUAACUUUGACCAUUCUUUUCUUCUAAUUUCGAAAAAAAAAAACAAUGAAGUGUUUUCAUUUCACCAACGGGGAACGGAGAGAGGACGACGAGGGAGUCGGCGGUGGUGCUGCUGGAACCGAUGUCGUUUCAAGGGUCGUGUCCAGGGUGUCAUGGGCAAGGUCUUUGAGUAUGGCGUCGAGUAGUGUGGACACUAGACGUUCUGAGUUUGACUCUGAGUCUAACUCGUCUAGGGACUUGUCUGACUCGCUUGGUUUCUAUGAGUUUUUGUCUCAGCGGAGAGCUAAUGAUCUGAGAGUUUUCACUUUCGCGGACCUUAAAUCUGCUACCCGAGGGUUCAGCAGAGCUCUGUUGAUCGGCGAGGGAGGAUUUGGCUGUGUUUACAGAGGUGUUGUUAGGGUUCCGGAUGAUGAAAACGACGGUUUUGAUUCUAAAAUGGACGUUGCUAUAAAACAGUUGAAUCGUCAUGGUUUCCAGGGGCAUAAGGAAUGGAUAAAUGAAGUGAAUUUUUUGGGUGUAGUAAAGCACCCAAAUCUUGUCAAGUUGGUGGGUUAUUGUGCUGAAGAUGAUGAAAGAGGGAUGCAACGGCUUUUGGUCUACGAGCUUAUGCAUAACAAAAGUUUAGAGGACCAUUUGUUGGCUCGAGUGCCUACAUCUCUCCCGUGGAUGACAAGAUUGAAAAUUGCCCAAGAUGCAGCUCGUGGAUUGGCUUACCUCCAUGAAGAAAUGGAUUUUCAGCUAAUAUUUCGGGAUUUUAAACCAUCAAAUGUUCUGCUAGAUGAGGAAUUCAAUGCAAAACUUUCAGAUUUUGGUCUGGCUAGGCAGGGACCUCCUGAAGGACUUGGACAUGUUUCAACUUCAGUUGUGGGCACAGUGGGUUAUGCUGCUCCAGAGUAUGUUCAGACUGGCAGGCUGACUGUAAAGAGUGAUGUGUGGAGCUUUGGUGUAGUUCUCUAUGAGCUUAUUACAGGAAGGCGAGCGCUAGAGAGAAACCUUCCCCGGGCUGAGCAGAAGCUUUUAGAAUGGGUAAGACCGUAUGUAUCAGAUUCAAAGAAGUUCCACCUUAUUUUAGACCCAAGACUUGAAGGACAGCAUUGCAUCAAAUCAGCCCAGAAACUAGCAGUCAUCGCAAACAAGUGUCUAACAAAACAGCCAAAAUCCCGACCUAAAAUGAGCGAGGUGGUGGAGAUGCUGGGAGACAUCAUAAGUGACACAUCAUCUCAAGACGAAGUUGCCUGUGAACCUGAAGAAGUAAAGGAAGAAACUUCCAUGGAGACUGAUGAGUCAAUUAAACAAGGAACUUCCAUGGAGACUGAUGAGUCAAUUAAACAAGGGAACGGAUGUCGGAAGAAGGUUUUUGAUUUAAGAGAAAUAGUCAACUUGAGGAACAGAUCCAUAGGGAAAUUAGAUUGGAGAAAUUGGACACCUGGGUUGGUGAGAACUUCAGAAUAGACGUUUGAUAAUAGAAACGCAUACACCCUGUCUUGCUCAUAGGAAUGGAAGAGAAAUGAUUCUUGAUUCAUCCUCACUGUUGAAGAGAUGAAUACUGGACUACAUGAUAUGUGCAUAAAGCUGAAGGGCAUUAGUUAUAUGUUGUUUGCAGGAUAGCUGUACAUAUAGUUUGUUGGGCCUAAAGCUACAGGGACAUGAACUUGUCUUGAAUACACUUUGUAAGAAACAAAUUUGCAAGUCGACUAUAAUUUGUAAUUUUUUCCAAGAUGCUUAGCGAGAUGCUGAUUUUCCCGAG